GUUCUGUUUUGAUGGAUAGUAAUAAUCAACAGCGUAUACUCAGUGCUUUAUUUCACAGGCAAUAUCCAUAUCAUUAGCUCUGACAUUCAGCAUGUUUUUUAAAGUUUUUUAAAGAUAGGUUUCACAAAAUCUUGGUUCUCUGUUAAAAAAGACAUCAAACACUGAGCAGUUAUCUCCUGCGGUCAUUAUGGAAAGGAUGGCGUGCUUUAUUGUCCUUCUGAGUGCACUCUUUGUUUCGUCCGCAAACUUUGUUGAGGGGAACCAAGACUGUAGUUCAUGCUAUCAGCUGGACAUUGGAGUGGCAGUUGGGAUCAUUACCUGUGACAUCUUUCUCACACUCUUCAUUGCUGUCUCAGUCUACUGUUUUGUGUCCCAUAAGAAUAGUAGAGCCUGCUCACAUACACAAGCAAGAUCCUGCGGUUCAACCAAAUCAACAACCCACCAGUCAUCAAUGAAACCAAAGAUGAUUGAAGUGGAAUCGCCUUACCAGGAGCUUUAUGGAGUACAGUCAGAUAUAUACAAUGAUCUUCAGCAGUAUCGGAAAGGAAGUCACCCAGAGUAAACUUUUAAGUUCAGAUGGAUAAAGACACAUUUUUCAAAAUAUCUGAGGAAGUGGACACAGUAUGGCGGACCUUUUUAGAAAACACAUGACGGCAGAAUGAAUCAUUCAUUCUUCCCUCAAACAAAAGGGAAGGACAGACAGAUCUAACAAUGAGAGAUCUUUUUUUAUUUACAUGAAUCAGUUUCUGACUUCGGGCAUGGUGUACUAAAACAAAGAUAUUAUUAUUAUAUCAUAUAAAAUGUAAUUGUUGUCAUUAUAUUUACUCACCUCCUGUUAUUUAAACCCCUGAUGGCUUUCUUUGUUUUUAGUUUGUUUUUCACCCAACCCAUUUGUGAGCCUUAAGGACACUUUAAAUAUUGAGCAUGAGUCACAUGAACACUUUUUAAGCUUGAAAAGGCUGUCACCAUCCACUCCUAUUGUAAACAAAACAACUAAAAAACGUUUGAACGACAUGAGUGAGUGAGUAAACAAUGACAAAAAAAUUCAUUGUGGGCUAUUAUUAUUUAAAAAAUAAAAACAGAUUGGGCCUUGUCUUUCUUGACUUUACUAGCAGAAUUAAAGUGGCUUUUUUAUGUGUGACUCCCUCCAGUGUCCACAAGAGUGCAGUCUAAUAUCUAAGUGUGUAAUGUUUGUCACUGUAAA